AUGAACCUCUGCUUAUUUCUGUUCCACAGAACGAAAGAGAGCCUCGCUUCGGGCAACCUGCUGAGCGUCAUCAAUGUCCUGAUGCAGCUCCGCAAGGUGUGCAACCAUCCCGACCUGUUCGAGCCGCGGCCGGUGUCGUCUCCGCUCCAGCUGCCGGCGCUGUCCUACAACGUGCCGGCCCUGGUGCUCGUGGCGGACGUGGCGCGGCGCGUGGAGCUGGCCGCGCGCCUGGGCGGGGACCUCGCCACGCUCGAGCUGACCGGGGCCGGCGCCUUCGCCGCCCACCGCGCCCGCCACCUGGCUCCGCCGCGGCGCCUCAUCGAGGAGCUGCCGGACCCGCCCCCGCCGCCUGCCCCGCGCCCCCCGCCCUCCGCCCUGCGACUGCACCUGCGCCUCGUCCCCCGCGCGCCGCCCUCGCUCCGCGUACCGCUCGCCGCGCCGACGUCGACGCCCACCGUGACGGCGGUCCGCACGCCGUCCUCCCGAGCGCCGCCCCCCCCGUCGGCCGCCCCCCUCCCCUCCCCGCGCGGCUCGUCCGCCCGCUUGUCCGCUCACCGUCGCUCCAGCCUGCGCCGCCUGGCCGCGGUCAACGAGCGCCGCUGCUGGCGCCUGCCCCUGUUCGGCGCGGACCUGCGCGCGGCGGUGUGCGCGGGUCCCCCUCCCCUGCCGCCGCGGGACAUCUCGGACGUGCUCCGCGACCUGCAUGACGUCAUCGACAGGUUCAUGAUCUGCUGGUCGUCGUGUCGGGCGCGCGGGCUGCAGAUGUGGGCGGGCGCGGGGGAGGGGGCGCGCGCGUGGCGGCGGGCGGCGCGACCCACCGAGGCCGCCCUGCGAGCCGCGCGCGCCGCCCUCACCCUGCUCCACGUGCCGGCCGCUCGCGCUGCAGUCGCCUUCCCGCACCCGAGACUGCUGCAAUACGACUGCGGCAAGCUGCAAACGCUGGACGGUCUGCUGAGACGACUGAAGGCGGGCGGACACCGCGUGCUGAUCUUCACUCAGAUGACGAAGGUGCUGGACGUGUUAGAGGCGUUCCUCUGUAUGCACGGCCACGCCUACCUCCGCCUGGACGGCGCCACCCGCGUGGACCAGCGCCAGCCGCUCGUGGACCGUUUCAACGCGGACCCGAGAAUAUUCGCUUUCAUCCUGUCCACGCGCAGCGGCGGCGUCGGCCUCAACCUCACCGGGGCGGACUCGGUGGUGUUCUACGACUCGGACUGGAACCCCACCAUGGACGCGCAGGCGCAGGACCGCUGUCACCGGAUCGGACAGACGCGGGACGUGCACGUGUUCCGGCUCGUCACCACCGCCACCGUGGAGGAGAACAUCCUGCGCAAGGCCGAGCAGAAGAGGACGCUCGGACACCUGGCCAUCGAGGACGGGCACUUCACCACCUCCUACCUGCGAGCGGCCAACAUCAAGGAAUUGUUCGGAGCGGAGACCGAAACGACGGCCGGACAGAAGGAGUGCGAACCGGCAGAGGGCGGGGAGUUGGAGUCCGCCCUCGCCGCCGCGGAGGACGAGGCGGACGCCGCCGCCGCACAGGCCGCCAGGGCGGAGGCUCAGGGGGACCUCGCGGAGUUCGACGAGAACGUGCCGCUGGAUGACGACACGCGCGCCGCCUCCCCGGGACACGCGCCGCACGAGGAGCGGGGGGAGCUGGCCGCGCUCAUGAAACAGUUAACGCCGGUGGAGAAAUACGCGAUGAGACUGGUGGAGAGCAGCGAGGCGGCCACCGAGGCGGAGCGAGCCGCGCUCGGGGAGAUGAGGAGGCAGCUGAGGGAGUGGGAGCAGGCGAGGCGCGCGCUCAGGGACGAGGGAGGGGAGCUGCAGCGGGACGACGAGCAGGAACACGACCUGGAGCUCACCUACAGCCGCGAGGACGCCCGCACCGAGGUGCGUGUCCGCCCGCGACGACGACGAACCAAACCGGCCCCGCCGCCCCCGCCCUCUCCUCCUCCGUCCCCCCCCUCGGCCGCGCCCCUGCCGCCACCCCCCGCCCCCACCGCGCCACGGACGCGGUCACGGGGCACCGUACACAUCAACCUUUGGACGCUGGACGAGACCCGCUCGACCGCGUCGGGAGGGGCCGCGGUCGUGGAGGGUGGACGGCGCCGUGCUCUGCGCAACGGAACCCUCGACUCUUGGCUCGCCGGCACACCCGACCGACAGAAUAAUAAAUGA